AUGUCUGUCUUUGGCUUGCUUUUCAUAUCCUUGAGCUUGACGCUGGUUUUAGCGGAUGAUGCCGAUACCCGACGUUGCUACGCGUGCCAAUGGGCUCCGAUGUUUGCCGGGAAAGACUGCAAAAAUCCCGGUCCCGAUACCGCGACGUGUGCUGGGAAAAUCUGCGUUACGACCAAGAUACAACUGGGAGCGAUCAACGCCACGGCUCGGGGUUGUGCCGAGGAGAAUGACAUGGCAAGGUGGGUGAGGAUGCAUCCGGGCUGCAUGUCGUUCAGCGAUCAGAAAGGAGCGAACUUCGAGAUUUGCACCUGUUGGGAAGAUCGCUGCAACGACCAC